GAACGUUCCAAUGGUCUGGGUUGUCGGUCCCCGGGGCAGUGGUAGGACCACACAAUCUAAAAAGAUUGUCGAAAAGUUUGGCUUUAUUCACUUAGAACCAAAAGCGUUAGUGGACAAAGAGAUUAACGCCAAAACAGAUAAGGGCAAAGGGUUUGAAGCGGUGCGCCAACAGGGUGAAGAGGUGCCUCUGAAGGACGUAAUACCAAUUAUGGAGCAGUUAAUUAUGACAAAUCGAGGUGGUAUCAAAGGAAUCAUUAUUGAUGGAUAUCCAUGUGACACUGUAGAAGCCAAAAUGCUUGAACAACGCAUCGGACCAUGUGAUGUGAUAAUCUAUUUGGAAGCCGACCAGCAAAUAUGCGAUGCUCGCCAAGAACAAUUAAUCUCGAGUUCACCUAAAAGAUCACAAAAUAAAUUGGAUAAGGAGACCAAGCUAUUGCGGGAGCAGUAUAACAAUAAAAUGUUACCAAUCAAUGGAGAGCGGGAUGUGAAUGAGGUCUUUGAAGAUAUCGUGCCACACUUGCAGGUGCUGAUUAAAAACCGCGGCGAGAGAAUCACAAUUGGCCGUUAGACUUCUAAACAAAAUU